CCCCCCCACCUCUGCAACUCAACUCCAUUUCACUGUUCCCUUCUCUGUCUCCAUCCACAUUCAUUUCUGCCUUUCGCUUCCUACUUCUCCAGACUCUCAUUCCUUCUACCUUCUUUAACUUAUACACACAAAUCCCUCUGCUCAACGGUGGUUUCCACCACAAGGCUAAUAGUAAUUCUCACAUACGCACAACCAACAGCGACGAUGAUCGGACCCAAUUUCAUGGAUGAGCUAGACUGCGGCAGCUUCUUCGACCACAUUGAUGACCUCCUCGAUUUCCCCGCCGAAGACGUCGACGCCUCCGCUUUACCCACUGGCGCCGGGAAUUGCAGCGCCUUCCCCAGCAUCUGGACCGGCGAGUCCGACUCCCUGCCUGGCUCCGACUCUGUUUUCUCCGGCAACAACACCUCCGACCUCUCCGCCGAGCUCUCCGUUCCGUAUGAAGACAUUGUCCAGUUGGAAUGGCUUUCGAACUUUGUGGAGGACUCGUUCACUGGUGGAAGCCUCACCAUGAAGCAAGUGGAGCAAUCUUGCACCACCAAUAACGACUCAGGACACCACCAAUUCCAGACUUCAAGCCCCGUCUCUGUCCUCGAGAGCAGCAGCUCCUGUUCAGGGGAGAAGCCGGUGGCGGCGCCACCUCGAAGCCCGCCGGAAAUGGUCGUCCCCGUGCCUUGUGGCGGGCGUGCUCGCAGCAAGCGUCCACGCCCCGCCACAUUCAAGCCCCGUCCCGCGAUGCAGCUCAUUUCCCCUGCAUCCUCCGUCGGCGAAAACACACAGCGAAAUUCAGAUUGUGAGAAUUUCGUGGAGUCUCAUCCGGUGAUCAAGAUACCUAAGCAAUCUUCAGGGGAGCACAAGAAGAAGAAGAAGAUCAAAUUUACUUGUCCAUUAGGUCCUGCUGAUGUGAAUCAGCAGAAUGGUUCAUCACAAGCAGUGAGGAAAUGUAUGCAUUGUGAGAUAACAAAGACCCCACAAUGGAGGGCAGGUCCAAUGGGGCCAAAAACACUCUGCAAUGCUUGUGGGGUUCGAUACAAGUCCGGCCGGCUAUUCCCAGAAUACAGACCGGCAGCUAGUCCGACAUUUUGCCCAUCCUUGCACUCGAAUUCCCAUAAGAAGGUGCUUGAAAUGAGAAGCAAACCACCACAUACUGAUGCUUCACCAGAGCUCAUUCCAAACACUGACAGCAGCCUUUCCCUGGAAUACAUGUGAAGUGAAGAAAGAAAGGAGGAAGGAAUGAUCCAAAAUCGUAUCUAGAGAGAGUUAUAUGAAUCUGUUUACUUAUGAAAUUUCAUUUCUUUGUUCAUUGGUUUUUUGUACAGGGACGGAAUGGGCGGUGGGAAUAGGAACCCAUAGAUGAAGAUGAUGAUGAUGAUGUUGAUGAUGAUGAUGAUCAUAUUUAGCUAUUAGAGGAGGAUUGUAAUGAGAGCUGAUAAAAAAGGGGUAGACAGAUAUCAGAUAUGCAGGUCAAAAGGGUAGAGUUUUAGGUCUGAGUAAUUUUAGGUGUUGAGUUCAGUAGGAGUUGGAGUCAUCUUGUCUCUUUUUUUCUUUCUUCUUCUUUCCCCUGCAUUCUUUUCAUUUUUUUUCCUUCUAAAAAAAUCCUCUGUGGGAAUUCUUUUUGCAGUUCAUUUGUAGCAAAACUUCUGAGUUGAGUAAGAAGCUUUAUAAUUUGUUAUGCCU